AUGGCCUCCGCGGCCCUGGCUACCGCAGCCGACACGUCUGCAUCUACUGUGCGGUCGCUGUAUCGGUCACUGUUGCGCACGUCGAAUCAAUUCGCGAACUAUAAUUUCCGAAAAUAUGCUAGGAGGAGGACGAGAGAUGCUUUUCACGAGUAUCAGCAUGAACAGGAUGCUAGACGGAUACAAGAGUUGGUGCAGAAAGGGCUGAAGGAGCUGCAGGUCAUGAAGUUGAAUUGA